AUAAAGAGUAUAACAAAAUCUGUGACUUGGGCCGUUUUUUGUGUGGACCAAACAGUGUUUAAUUCGUCUAAAACUAAUUCGUAGACAAAUGUUUAUUUAGUACCCGGAUUCGUGCGUGUUGGAAGUCUGAGAAAAUCAACAGCUGAGGGAAUCGAUUGAGAUGAAUGUCCGAUUAUGGCCAUUAAUGAGGUAUAUGUGUAGUUUCAGUUAUAGUUUCGAAAUGAACACUAAUCGAACGGACUUCAACGGGACACAAUCGCCAUGAGAUUCAGCCGAAUUAUAGAGGAGUAUCUGAAGAACUCCACUCUGCAUGGAGCCCGGUUUAUAGUAGACAAGGAUGCCAGUUGGAUAGAAAGGAUGUUUUGGGUCAUUUGUCUCGUUGCUUCUUGGUACGCCUCCUGGUUGCUCAUCAAAGCCUCAUUAAGCGCAUUUGAGAACAACGCCAUCAGUUUCGUUGUGGAGAGUUCGUUUCGCGAUUGGAACACCAAUUUUCCUGCCAUUAUAGUCUGCGAAUCGAAGAAUAUGGAUCGAAUUCAAGAGGUGGCUGAACAACUGUGGGGCGCUGAUCACGACUUCACUUUGGAGGAGGUCCUCAGCGAGAUUGCCUUCUUCCGCGGUGAAUCCUACCACACAGUCCACGAAUGCAGUGGCGAGGAGGUGACUGCUUCGUGCUUUUACUCCAAUUUCUCGUAUUAUGCCGAAUUAGUUAGGAGCAGUUGUUUGGACUCAAUCAGCAAUUGCGAGUGGAAUAAUAAACCAUUUGAGUGCUGCAAGUACUUUCAUCGCAUGGAGACUGAGCUGGGGAUUUGCUAUGCCAUUAAUUCAAUGCAAGCUGGGAAACACAAAAUGCCCAGGCUAAAUAUGUUUUCGAAUCGGAAUAGCGGACCGGGCGCCCUGAAAAUGGAAUUGCACACUGAGGCCACGGUCUUUAUUCUUGGCACCGAAGAGGUUCCCACGGUAACCCCUAAAACGGAUUUCCUAGUUGUAGGCCCAUAUAUCUCCUUUGUGCGUUAUAUCUCUAAGCGCGACAUUGAGAACGACGAAGAGAUCCGCCAGACCAGUGUCCAUCAGAGGAAUUGUCGUUUCGCCGACGAGAACAUUCUGGAUGUGCACAAGUUCUAUAGCUACAGUGCCUGCACGGUCCAGUGCCGGAAGGAUCGCCAGAUGGAGUUGUGCAACUGCUCCAGUCACCUGUCCCCGAACUCCCCCGAUUGGCAGCUGUGCAACAUGGAUGGUCUGGAGUGCCUCAAUCGCAAUUACGAGGAUCUAUCGGUAAUCAUCGCAAAAUGGUCGAAGCUCCGUGGUCGAAAGGGCCUGGUCUGCGAUUGCCUGCCCUCUUGUACGGAAGUGGAUAUCACUACGGUGUACGAUAGCAAAGAAAAUAUGGCUGGGAGUCAGAACGCCAUAUCCAGGAUCGAAGUGGGCCUCAUAGAAUUACCGACGGAACGUUAUAAGAGAAAUUUGGUACGCGGAAAACUGGAUUUAGUGGUAUCCAUUGGUGGCACUACUGGCUUGUUUGUGGGCGCCAGUCUUCUCAGCUUUGUGGAGAUUUUUUACUACAUCACUAUACGUCCUUAUACGACGUAUAUAAACGAGAAACGUCGACUAAAGCGAUUGAUUAUACCGAAGAGAUUUCAAUAAGUACACAUCUAGUAUUUACUUGUAGUAGACAGUAAACUCUUCA